AUGCGAGGUGAAUUCGACGCUCUGCUACCGUGGCCUUUUGUGCACAAAGUCACAUUUACGCUGAUGGAUCAGAAUUCCUUCGAGGGCAACCGCAACAACAAGAGCUACGUCGUCAAGCCAAUCACGUCGCGUGAAAAUCGGGUUUUCCUUGAACGUCCCGUCAGCGAGCGGAACGCGGCUUUCGGGGCCCAGAAGUUCUGCGACCUCGCCCAGCUCGAGUCGUUUAUUGUGGACGACACCAUCUUCGUCAAGUGCAGCGUCGACCUGGAGACGAUGCCACUA